AUGGCGUUUCUCUUCGGCCGUCGUCGCUCUCAAACAGAUGCAUCCACAGCUCAUAGUACUCAGGAUCCACCGAGACAGCUAGUCUCGCGUCAUCGGUCUUCGGGCCCCCGUUCGGAUAAGGAUCAGGAUGUGUCAAGGGAUCCUGGUCUCUUUCAUGGCCUAUUUCGAAGAAAGAGCGAUAGCUCGCUAGCAUCGCAUUCGUCAGGUUCAUCAAAUCGAUCUACGAGUCGCGGAACACGUCCCGCGCAAACUACUCGAUCGGCUACUAGUAGCCGUGAAAGCAGUCGUGAGAGUAGUCGUACUCGUGCUCACUCUAAUUCUCGCUCUGGUGCAUCUACACCCAAGUCAUCAACUUCAGAGCCAUCUGCUGCUGCUCAUGCCGAGCCCAAACAGCCUGGCAAUAUUCAAGAUUACUUGGAAUGUCGCCUUGAUAAAGCUAUCAAGUUUGAUGCAUUGUGUCCUGAUGGUUCAGCUCUGACAAAAAAGGAUGUCAAGGCAAUCCUAUCUGGCGCUCCUCAUUUCUUGCUGGAAAUCGGAAAACAUGGUCGUUGGUACCCACAAGUCAUAUUUCCUUGGGAUGAGCAUAACCCGUCCAUUCUGCGCAUGCUGGACCGCAAGCCCUUAUCUCACCCUUCUUUCACUUUAUGUACUCUCCAUGCACAUCUACCAGUACCGGAUGACUGGGCUGUCAAGGGCGGUGUUCCAAUUCAUCCACAGAGUUGGCAUCGAACCGGAGGUUUUAAGCGAGCCUCCUUUGAUGUCGGUGUGUUCGAGGUACCGAAUAUGCUAGCCAACAACGGGCGAGAACCGGGUACUGUUGGAUACCGGCAUUUUCUGGAAUUUGAUAUUGCCGAUAUGAUUCAGUAUACCGGACCUGAGAAGCCUAGACAGGCACCGAAUCUACAGCGAGUCACGGAGCUGCCAGCCACAGAAGCUUUCGAACUAAUGGAUAGCUAUAAUAAACCUUACUCGCAGUGUCUGAGUGGUGCGGUAUUCGAUCGACUCCAACUACUGCACGACGGCCCGGCUGCUUGGAAACGCAUCGGAGUGCGAGAUAUCAAUCUUCGAACCUUGGUGCAACGUCUCACUCAUUUACGACAACUGCGACUGAAAAUUCUACUCGAUGGCUCGCUGAUGACCAUCGUCGAUCUGGAGACCCCACAUGAACUACACAAUACUCUACAUACACAUUUCCUGCAUCCACAUCCACCACCCGCAGAUGUGAUGCCGGGACACCCAGACAGCCUGAAAUCGCAGAUAAAAACUCUCGCGACCGUGCUAGCUACACCUGGCGCAUGGAUUGACUUCAGCCUCCCAGAAUGGCGCUUUCGAGCGGGCCAAAUCCUAUGGGAAGCACUGCCGCAUGCUGAUGGUGACUGUAUGGGUGAAUGUGAUCACAAAGUCCCACAGAAGCAGUGGGUUAACUCUGGAAUGGAGCGAAAGUGGCUUCUCAUUCAGCUUUUGCUCGCUGCAGAGCUCAUCAUUCGCCUUGAUGCUUUCGUUCGCAAGGGCAUGCUACAUGAUCCACACGGCGGCUUGAUGUCUAUCCAGGAACUUCAACAUUUCGAUAAGAUGAGAGAAGGAAAAGUGAACUGGGAUCUUGUUGUUGUUCGCCGCUUCCUUGAUAACUUGGAGAUUUCGUGUGGUUCACCUGCUCCAUCUUCCAAGGCUUCACCAGUUGGCACCCCAACACAAUCUCAAUCACCAAUUGACCAAGUCCCUGCAAAAUCACAUCGCUUUUCCUUACUCGAUUCGAUUAAUCGCCGACUUACUUCUACUACUGAAAGUGAUGUGAAAUCAGCAUGGCAAUGCCAAAUCACCUCUCUGCAUGUGCGACAACAACUCGAGGGUCUCUAUGUUUUUGCGGAAAAUAUCGGUUGGCCUAAACUCGAUGCACUCAAGAGGACUUUUGAUCAAAUUCUCCGCGAUGGGGAGACUUUGACUAUGCCCCCAGUAAAUAUAACUACUGGGGAGCAUCACUCAUCACCGGAAAAUACUCCCGGGAAAUCGACAGCGCGAUUGGUGAAAGGUGAUAUGUAUACCCGAAGCCAGUCGCGACGGUGCAUUAGACUCCGCAGUUCCUGCAGGGAGGAUGACGACCCCCACGCCGCGGAGAAGCUUGGUUGGAUUUCCAGAUCUUGGCUCUCAGGCUUUGUGGUACCUGGGGAGGGUAUUAGCCAUCUUCUCAUUGGAACGUUGUUGGAAAAUGACGUCGAUGCGAUCAAGCAACUAGGACCUACUGCUAAUCUCUACGGCGGAUUCAUUUACAAGAAUCGUAGCUGGUGGAGCAAGGCUUCUAUUGUUGGUCGCGUACUAUCUAGUAUGGAUGGUGCUCAGACCUGUAUGGGAUGGGUCGGUUGUGAUAUUGUUCCCUGUGAUGCGAACACAUCGACUCCUUUAGAUCCGGGCUGGUUUGAAGUCCAUGUUCAAAAGAUGCCUGCUUCUGCAUUCCAUGCGAGAAUCAAACAAGGAGGAAAACUCGCGCUGGAAUCUACCCCGAUCGGUAAAGGUGAUAUCACCGCUGAUGCUUUUACUUUGCCGAUAGAUCAGCCUGUUAUGAGUUCUACAACCGUGACGCUGAACUCCAUGACCUUGCCUGUGAAUACGCUCAGGAGACGGAAUAUCAUAGUCACCGAAGAGGCUUCUCUAUCCUUUCAAUUGGGUUUAGAAUCCGAUCCGAAGAUAAUAUCUCUGCCUUUGAGAUACAAUGUUCGCUUCGUAUCCGCUCAUGAAUGCCGUCCACCAAAGGGGUUUCUAUCACAUCAUCACGAUAGUACCGAGACAAAGACAUCUGACCAGGGCGAGUUCAAGCGUUUACCAGGUCAUCCUCUACACCGAUCUUUCGCAUAUAAAAAUGUCUCACUUGAGACACUCAUACACCAUCCAGCACCUCAGGCUACGCCGUUAUCAGCGGAUGGAGUUCCACAGGUUUUAGUGAUUGAUGCGCGUGGAUCACGAGUUAGAGAAACGUUUGUUCGGGCUUGGUGCGCCUCUGUUGGUAGUCAUGCGCUUAUUGGUCGUGUUGGGAGAUCUUGCAUCGCGUGUUGUGUGAGGGAAGCGCGUGCGAUUGAUGUUCAGGUUGUGGUAAGAGUGGGAGAGUAA